AUGAAACGCUCUAGAGCCGCCUAUAUAUACGACGUCGGUGACGCCAGAAAACCUCCAGCUAAAAGAGCUGCAACUUCAACCAAGAAAGCUUCUCCUUCUACCAAGAAAGCUGCUGCUUCCACCAAGAAAGCUGCUGCUUCCACCAAGAAAGCUGCUGCUAUUUCUACAAAGAAGGCUUCUGCUACCAAGGAAACUUCUUCCAGUGGAACAGCGCAGGCGACAGCAGCAGCAGCGCCGCCCUCACAAUCUUCGGAUGACCCCUUUGGAAAACGCUAUAAUAUAUCGUUGAGACCGAAUGGAGAGCUUAUGAUUCCGAGAUGGUGGGAGACGAACGGCCUUUGGUUUGAAUCAAAUAAAAAGGCUCUUGGCUUGAAUGCAAAACAAUGGAAGAUGACAGAAGAGGCGCUUAAGGAUGAUUCGCCUCUCGAAGGAUAUGAUGCAAACACCCUAGAAGAAUUCAUCUGUAUGAAGCCGCCGGCGGGUGAAAGAGACUCCAAUGACGGAGACGAAGAUGGCGAAGAAGACGAAGACGAAGACGAAGACGAAGACGAAGACAAAGAUAAAGAUAAAGAUAACGAAGAUGGUGAAGAAGAUGUAGAUGACGAUGACGAACAUCUCUGGGUUAUUACUCUGGGUGGCUAUGAGCGGUUUAGAUGGUGGAGUCAAGAAAUCUGCAAGCGAAACCAGGACGACUACUCUAUGUACAUCUACAAUGACUUCAGCUGGUAUGGAGUCAUCGAAGUACUGGAGAAUAUGUUUGUGCAGUUCGAACGGGUUCUCAAGUCCAAGAACCAUGAACCUUUGGACGUGUGGCGAGAGAUUGAAGGACUUGCAUGGCUUCUAAAUAGCGGAAACGCCGAAUUCGAAAUGUGUGACGAUGGCGAACGGUAUUCCAAAUUUCCUAACAUUCCAAUUGUGCUGUCUCUUCUCAUAAAAUAUGCAUGGACGAUGGGCCGCGGCGACUAUGGCUUCGAUGAUAAUAUUGAUUGGGUCUUUUAUGUUGUUCAACAGGCCGAGGCUGCAGAUAUUACCUUGGGUGGGCCGUCUGGAUUUGCAAAGAUUUUGGAGGAGAUCAAGGCCGAAGCUUCACAACACACGGCAGCAUCGCUUUCCAAGGUGAAAAAGAGCACAUUCAUCAACAAGUUCAAAUCUUACGGCUCACGAAGGCGGUGA